GGAGAAGGCCGGGAGAAAAAAAAAAUAAGAAUAAGCAAGGCGCGCCGCUGUCGCAGCCACUCAACAGCAAGGACGACCGGCCUCGGCCGCAUUGGGCGGAUGACUCAACCAGCACCAGAACUUUGAAAGGUCCCCCCAGACAGACAGGAACAGAAAAAAAACAUAUCAUUUGCAUCCUGGAUACUGGUCCUUUCUGUUUUUUAUUGCUCUGUUUUUUCCUUUUCCCCCCUCGCCUUCUCACCUGGCAUAAAUAUGCCCGCCCCUGGCGCAAUAACCCCGCCGUCAUGCAAUGGCGACAUUGCUUGCGAUCCCGCUUGGGUGGUGCAGAAAUUUGGAGGAACCAGCGUGGGCAAGUUUGCAAUCAAUAUUGUGGACCAGAUUGUUUUUUGCGCCGAGCAAAGAAUCGCCGUUGUAUGUUCUGCCCGGAGCAGUUCGUCAAAGGCUGAGGGAACUACGAAUAGAUUACUACGUGCCGCGAGAGAUGCUGAGAGCCCUAAAUCGAAAUCCUAUGAUAUUCUUGUGGAAGCCGUACGCCAAGAACACAUUGAAGUCGCAGAGCAGCAAUUAAGAACGGUCGCAUUGAAGGAUCGUUUGAUCAGCGAAAUCAAUGACGAGUGCGCCCAUGUGCUCAAAAUCCUCGAGGCAGCCCAGACCCUGGGCGAAACAAGUGCACGAUGUGUCGACAAGGUUAUAAGCGCCGGGGAGAAACUCAGCUGUCACUUUAUGGCUGCCCUACUGCAGGAUCGUGGCGUGGACUCCGAAUACGUUGAUCUAUCCGACAUCAUUGAUUUUCCCGUGAACAACAACGGUCUCGACCAAGAGUUUUAUAACAAUUUAGCCGAUGCCUUGGGCUCGAAGGUCCAAGCCUGCGCCCCAAAGGUGCCCAUAAUUACAGGGUAUUUUGGACCAGUCCCGGGUGGACUAUUAGACAAGGUUGGUCGUGGAUACACCGAUCUCUGUGCCGCUCUCGUCGCCGUGGGGGUCAAAGCAAAAGAGCUUCAAGUUUGGAAAGAGGUCGAUGGCAUUUUCACGGCAGAUCCCCGAAAAGUCCCUACGGCGCGUCUCUUGCCAGCUAUCACACCUGCCGAGGCGGCCGAGUUGACAUUUUAUGGAUCUGAGGUUAUUCACCCCUUCACCAUGGAACAAGUCAUCCGAGCUCGAAUACCGAUUCGUAUCAAAAAUGUGAUGAAUCCAAAAGGAAGCGGCACCGUCAUCUUCCCCGACUCUUUAGGAGAUCUCGAGAGAAUAGCAGCGGGAGAGGAGACGAAGCUCAUUCGGACGAGAAGCUCAAGCGUUCUAUCGGCACAGCUCCAGGGUCCUAAGCGACCGACUGCAGUGACCAUCAAACACAAAAUCCUAGUGAUUAACGUGCAUUCGAACAAGCGUUCGCUCUCGCACGGGUUUUUUGCCGGUAUAUUCUCCGUGUUAGAUCGAUGGCGGCUAUCCAUCGACUUGAUCUCCACAAGUGAGGUGCACGUUUCCAUGGCUCUUCAUUCUGAAAUGCCGCUGCUCAAUGGAGUUGGGAGAGACGAAUAUCAGAUUAUUGACGAGGAUCUUCGUGGUGCUAUUCAAGACUUACGAAAAUAUGGGACAGUUGAUAUCAUACCGGAAAUGGCGAUCCUGAGUCUGGUGGGCAAGCAGAUGAAGAAUAUGGUCGGUGUUGCAGGACGCAUGUUUUCGACGUUGGGUGAGAACAACGUCAACAUUGAAAUGAUUUCCCAAGGUGCGAGUGAAAUCAAUAUCUCGUGUGUGAUUGAGGAAAGAGACGCAGAUCGAGCUAUCAACAUUCUACAUACAAGCCUCUUUACCUUCUUGGACUGAUAGAAAGCCGUGGAUAUGGUCUUUCUCAUUUUUAGCAGCUGAAAUUAUUUGCACAUAUAUCUUUCUAAGCGCCGCGUUCGGCUGAACGAUUAGAUUUGUUUCCAUGUCAAAAAGCACAGUUUGAUAGAAUUGCAUGUUGCUGGGCUGUUGUUGUGUACAGGAAUUGGCGUUUUCCCCCUCCCUUUCGGAGACAC